ACCUUCCUUUGGAUGAAGUACUCAGAUGAGUUUUAAAUGAUGAUUCGGACGGAGGAAUGUCAGAGGGAAGCGAGGAUGAUAUUUCGGAUGUUUCAGACUCGAGUGAAAGUGACUUGGAACCACAAUCUAAUCAAGAGGAAGAAAUAAUCGACUCUGAUGAAAAUAAUUCGACCGAAUCUGAAGRUGACAAUCGCCCCUCUGGACGUGAUAGAAGCCCAACAAGACCACAACAAAAUUUAGGAAGAGGACAAGGACGCCGUGGACGUGCACGUGGAAAAAGAGCAAAUGUGAUACAGCGACCAGUGAACCCUCUUCCUUUUGCUUGGACCUCUACCUAUUUGUCUCAACCACCUCCUGAUUUUACUGAUCCGCAUCCUGGACCUACAUACAGGUUUCAUGAUGAUAUUGAUGAAAUAUUUUACUUGGAGAGAUUAUUCAGUGAGGCCCUAUGGGAUGUCCUAGUUCUUGAGACUAACAGAUAUUAUGGACAACAAAAAACAGCAAAUCCAAAUAAACACAAAACUAAAUGGAGCCCAGUAACCAUAGGGGAAAUGAAAGCCUUUGUAGGAAUUUUUAUUCUCAUGGGAAUUGUUCGACUUCCACGUUUCUCAAUGUACUGGAGCUCAGAUGAUAACCUACAWCAGCAAGAUGGAUCAGACCAAGUUAGAUUUAUUUAUCCGAAGUUUAAAAAUGGGGAGGCUACUGUUAGAGAUGUGACAAUAAAACCAGAUUAUGGGKAUGUGGAAGAGAUAUACAUCACUUUUCUCGAAGCAUUGCAGAAAGAAGACAUGUUAAGAGAGGCACAGAAAGAAUUAAAGGAAAUGACCCCACCACCAAUGAACACGAUGCUGGUAAAAGAAAGUAAAACUGUGGCUUUGGAAAAAAAGGAAAAAAGAAAGAGUAUGCAACUCGAACGCUACAAAAGAGUAGACAUCGUUUGGGACAUCUAUAAAGACGACUCACUCAAGACAGGAACAAGGGAGAAAAGAGGGAAAGGAACACGUCAACGAAAUGUUGCCCYAGUUGGAGAGCGAGUUAGAGCUGUUGAUAUGGUAUUUUAUGGCAAUAAGGACUUACAUGUUGGAAAKACCYACRGGCUAAGGAGGCAGCCCAAUAAUCCAAAAGACAAUAAUUGUAUAGAAAUAAUAGACAAGUUUAYGAAACCCAAGGCGGUAGUGAACCGUGAUGUCGCUCUUAUGCUAUCUCAACUAUUAGACAACGGAAAGCUGGAAAAUGCCKAAUGCGAGGUGCUUGAUGAGGCAAAAUGGAGCAAAGGGGAUAGACRUGUACCAGCAAGGGCACACAAGAUUAAAGUGACAGUAGCCGUUGCGACAUCUCRCAUUUCUGACAGUGAUGUGAAAGCAUUUAUGGAAAAU